AUGGAUCGGUUGAAGGGAGAUGGACAACCGGUGCGUGGUUCAGUACUAGUUCAAUCGGUUGAAGCCAGUAAAGACCGAUCAGAAGUGACUCCCAAGCCGAUGGCGUUUGUAUUUCGGUUCACGUUGGAUGGGAAGAGGCUAUGCCGGUUGAUCAGCAACCGAUGCGGACAACGGCGCGCACCCAUCCGGACGGGCUUCAAGUCUCAAGUCACAACGGCUUGGGUCAGCUCCAGGCUUGGUCGCAACGAUCACGGGAGGCUUUCCCAUGCCGGUUGGUCCGUAGAUGCUGCGGCCGGACAGCCGACAUUAGCACAAAUGUUCAAUGCCUGCAUAUGUCGAACUCAGCCGGCCAAGGAUUCAUCACCAGCCGGUUGUCCGGCAGCAACAUCAACUGAAGUGUCACUGACGAACCGUCAGGCGCAGUUCGAUUGUUACCAGAUCCGCCCGGACAUGCUAGGAACGCAUCCCGUGAUCGUUGCGACCAAGCCUAGAGCUGAGUCCUGA